UGGCAGGAGAGGUCAGGAGCCAGUUGAGCGGAUGACACCGUAAUAGGAGGUAUCCUCACUGCAAGGAGGUAUUUUCCGGACAAAUGGAGGAGCCACUGGUUGAUGGAGGAGAGAAUCCAUGAUGUCCAUCCCUGUACUUGACACCAAUUCAUGUUGGGAUUGUGUAUUAGGGAGCCAUGUUGCCAACUGCAACCUCUAUGGUAUUAGGACUUAAGUCUUAGCUUCAAGCACCAUCUAAUCUGUGAUGGGAAGGUAAAAACUGAAAGGCCAGGAGUUGGCCAGCUAUUUAAACCCUAACAUCCACGCUGGUUUCAAAAAGGGAUAUGAAUUCAUUGCCCUUCAGAGUAUUCUCUCCAAUGCCACAUUUUGCCAUAUGAAAAUGCCUUUAAAUAUUAGAGCCAAGCCAUCACAGAACAAGCUGUCUGUUGCUUCUAAGGGCAGCGGGCACACAGAUGGCAGUGCAUCUCAUUCACGCUUUUCAAGGUCCACAAAACAGGGGAAAGGUAAACAAACUAAGGUCAUCUCUACCCCAGGAUGCCGCUCAGGGCUAGAACCUGGCUCAGUGUCAGGCGGACUGUCUGCGCAAGUGUCAAAAAAACCUGUUGGUGAAGGAUCUGUGUCAAGGGCCGGUCCAAAGAAGCUUGUUGUAGUAACAGAUAAAAGAGACACUCCUGAUUUAGUAGCCACACCAGUGAGUAAAACCUUGUCAAUGGAAAACAUCCAGUCUUUGAAUGCUGCUUAUGGCACUUCAAGCAAUAUGUACCCCUGUGAGCGGGAAACUUUGGAACCAGUUGGCAGUUACCCUGUAGGCACCAUGACAGUGGGCAGGAACACCAGCCACUCCUACAGUGGCCGAGCAACUGGUAUGGGCAGCAGCCCAAAUAUCAACUCCAUUGAGCUGAAUCACCUGUCUAACCACUAUGGAGACCAAACCUUUCGCUCCGCAGGGACUUGCAGUCUACAGCGGCAUCUGUCUGGGACACAUCCACCGACACAGGAUUUAGUUGGUCAGUUGGCUCCUUCUGAUCUCCAUGUUCAGCUAAGGGAGCUUCAGAGGGAAAAUGACAACUUGAGAAGAGAACUGGAUGUAGGGAAGAACGGAAGAAUAGGCCACAGUAUGAACAAUGUCAACUUCUGUAGUCCAGAUGUCAAGAGAGACAAAGGCAUUAGACGGGAACAGGGAGCAAGGACCUCUGCCCUGAAGGACUUCUAUAGGGAUCAGGAUCAGGAUACGAUUCAGUUUCCAUUGACAGUUCAAGAGCUCCAGGAGGAGCUGAGGGCCCAUAGGGAGAUGAACAGCUGCUUGCAGCCACAGCAUCAACAAGGGACCUCUGCCUCCUGUCGUGAACUCCAUCUGGAGCAGGACCACAGAGGGAGACUCAGCCCUGGCCAUACUCCCAAACGAAGCCCCAGCAAUCUCCACAGUCCUGGACUAAAGAACAGCCCAAGAGCUAGCCCAUCCAACACGUACAAUCCAAGGCAGCAAGAAGCUGACAUCAUCAUUCACAGCCCAGCCAACACUCUUAAGCCAGGGACAAGGCACAGCCCAAAUCAAACGGCAGUACCCAGCCCUAGUUUGGUCCCACGUUGCAGCCCAUGCCAAGUGCCAGGGUGUGACGGUUUCUCAUCACCCUCCCAGGAUCCAUCGCAAGACAAUUUUCUCUACCUGCAGUCGGAGCACGAGCGGCAGGCCAAGGAGCUUUUCCUGCUAAGGAAAACCAUGGAAGACAUGGAGAUGAGAAUUGAUUCUCAGAAGCAGACGCUGGGCGCCCGAGACGAGAGCAUCCAGAGGCUCCUGGAGAUGCUUCAAGGUCAAGGCCAAGUUCAGGGACAGCGGGGCCGGGCGCAGAGAGCAAGCAUCUUAGAUAUGGCGGCGCAGGAGGCUGAAGCACAGUUGGAAAACAUGCAUGUGAAAGAGGACACCAAAAUCUCUUCAUUGGAGAGGAAUAUCAGAGACUUAGAAGAUGAAGUCCAGAUGUUAAAGACCAGCAGCCUGCUAUAUCCUGAUGACAGGCAGGAUGAGCUCAAGCAGGUGGAGGUCUACAAGAGCCACUCUAAAUUCAUGAAGUCCAAGGAGCAGGCCUCAUCACCAUCCGUGUCCUCCAUCAGACCAGCUCCCACCUUCCUACUCCCUACUCAACAACCCUGGAUCACAGAACAAGCAGAAAUAGAGCAGCUGAAGCAGGAGCUGAACAGGAAGGAGUCCGAGAUGCAAGCCUUGCAGACCAAACUGGAAACACUAACCAAUCAGAACUCAGACUGCAAGCAACACAUUGAGGUGCUAAAGGAGUCACUCAAUGCUAAGGAGCAACGUGCCAAUACUCUGCAGACAGAGGUAGAUGCCCUGCGAGUACGUUUAGAGGAAAAAGAGCAAUUCCUGUCAAAGAAGAACAAGCAGCUUCAGGACCUGACUGAUGAAAAAAGCACACUAACAGGAGAAAUCAGAGACAUGAAGGAUAUGUUGGAUGUCAAAGAGAGGAAGGUCAAUGUCCUUCAGAAGAAGAUUGAGAACCUAUUGGAACAGUUAAAGGACAAGGACAAACAGCUGACUGGGUUGAGGGAUCGCGUCCAAGGCCUUCAAACCGACUCUAGCAACACUGACACAGCACUUGCCACCCUGGAGGAGGCCCUGUCUGAGAAGGAGCGAGUGAUUGAGAACCUUCGAGAACAAAAGGAGCGGGUGGACAGGGUUCAGCUGGAGGAGCUAGAAAGAAUGAGGAAGGAGAAUCAAGAAUUAAAGGACAAGCUCUCAGCCAUUCAACCUCAGAAACUGUCCCCCAGCCAGCCUGCUACCCCGGGCAUGAACCAAAGCCCAAGACCCGAUGGAGAGGUUCCAUCCAAAAUAGAUGUACUACCAGUCGUGAGUGCGAGCUCCACGGCCCAAAACACAGAGAGCGCCUUGCGCAAGUGUCCAGACAUCACAGAUCGCCUGAGGCUUCUAGAACAGGAAGUGGCUCGCUACAGGGAGGAAUCUGGGAAGUCGCAAGCGGAGGUGGAAAGACUGAUGGGGGCACUGAGGGACGCUGAGGUGGACAGAUCUUGUAAAGAGAAGAGAAUUAAUGAUCUUGAGAGACCUGGGUGAGUAGACACUGAGUGUACCUGUUAAACACAUACCAUUAGCAUUAACAACACACUCUGUGGUGUCUCUUGACAUUGUGCUAUGACUGUUUAGCCCUGUUCAAACGUUCCCACAUUGGAAACUGUGCCAUAUUAGCUUCAACCUGAACCCCAGAAGCUGUGUUUUACAGUAGAGCAGUACAAGUGCCAUAUAUUUUCAAGGUGAACUUGAAAAUGAGAUGUUGAUCUCAAUGGAUUUUUGUCUGGUAAGAUAAAGAAUCGAUGAUGACCCAUGGUCAUUUCCGAAAAGAAGAAAUACAGCACAGUUUCCAGAAUCAUUACUGUCAUCAGUCAUGUGUGUUUAGGGGUGUCACAGGAUCCUGCAAGAUUCAAAUGUGACAGAAAAAAAAUGCCUCAAGGGCACUGGGCCUAGGAUGAUAAUAAAUAAAUAAAUUAAUCACACAAUAAAUGAAAGUAAACUUGUUACUUUUGCCAGCCUUAAUAUGUUGCCAUGCGCAUGCGUGUCUGUUUUCCUCGUCACUCGCCUCCAAACAGGUAGGAGGUGCGUUUGGUUGUGUUUGUUCCAUAGAACAACGGCAUGAAUGGAAUGAGCUCUUUUGUCAGUCAUACAGCCUCUUCUCGGUGGGUGGAGGCAGGGCCGUGAGCAUACACACAGAGUGCAGAAGAGUGUGACAUAGAAUUUUUUUCAUUGUAUUUUUCCUAAAAGUAAUGUUUAAAUCGCAGACCCAAUCUUGUGUAUCGUCUUGUGGACUGAGUGUCUCAUGACACCCCUAGUGUUAAGUAUCCAAUAAAUGGUUUGUUUGUGUUCAUACUUUAAAUUGACACAGUAAGCAUGUCUCUAUGAGUGUUUUUGCAAUUGACUGGCAUGCAGUCAGCAGCAUGCCAGUGGUAGGUGGUGUAUCCAUCCCACACGCUGAAUAUUUAUAGUGCCCUAACUGGCACAGUGCUGCUCAAUUAUCAUCUGAUUUAUGGCCUGGGAUUGGCAUGAUGUGCAUAUGUACAUAUAUCAGUGGUUGUUUUGGCCAAGGUCCUACAUGUGAAAGUGUUUGCGCAUAUUUGUGAGUGUGAAAUCAUAAAAUCUAAAAUAAACAAAGAAAAUGUUAAAUGUGUGGAUAUGACAUUCAUAUGCCGAGACUUUUGAGUAGCUCGUUCUGUCAGUCUGUUUAGUUGUUUUUUUUAUAUUGUUGGGUGUCCAGCUGCAGGCAAGAAUAAAAUUAUACCUGGGAGAUUUUCAUUUUUUUAUAUCUUACCCACAUCAUCAGGUAUGUUCACACUCGCUGUGUCUCUGGGUGAUUUUGAAAGAACAUGUACAGUGUGCAUGGAUUGGAACCAACACUGUUUCCUGAUGCAUUCAUUAGCUGUUUUACAGACUCUCCACUUUGGUCUGGAAAACAGUGUGCCCACUUGCACUUUGUGGGAACCCAUGAACAUCAAGUAUAAUAAGGAUAUAGUAGCUCGAGCAUAGUUUGGACACAGAGUCUACUCUGUUUCUAUGUCAUGCCUGUGCCGCUAGCUCCACAUAGGUCAGCUGCACACAUUCAGCAGUCAGCUCAAAUGUGUGUUGGAGUGCACACACACUUAUGGGUCAGGAUGGUUUGGGAUUCUGAAAGAGUUGUUUUUUUGGUGUGCUCAUGCCCAGUCACUGUUUGUUGAUAUGAGCGCAAAUAUCUUAUUGACUUUGAAGUGGUAAAAGUAAAUACUUUUUGUGCAUUGAUAUCUCCAAAGCGUGAGCGCUGUAUUUAUUUGUUAUUACGUUUUUGUUUCCUGUUUUGCUGACUUUGUAUUCAAGUGUGAUAUUCAGGAGUACAGUGCAACAUCGUUUGGCUGACACCCUUAGUGUGUUUUUUGGCAUUAAUCCUAAUAACCUGCGACCUGGAUAAGUGGAAGAAAAUGGAUGGAUGGAUGGAGAAAAAUGUAUUUGGUUAGAAUAGAGAGUCGGACCACCUGGAACAGAUUAAUGACGCUAACCGAAGUUUCACUGUAAUUAAUUAUUAGUUACACACUUAUUAUAAUUAUAAUUUAUUAUAAUUUAUUUAAUUCAUUUAGUCCCUUUUUGGAAAAUGUAUUUCCUAAGUCUGAUUUUCUACAUAUUAGCAGCAUAGUCAAGUUUCUAGCUCCACUGCUUUAGCAUGUGCUUGAGCAAAGGGGUCUCCAAACUUUUUUCGCCUGAGAGCUACUUUUAUAAAAUGAAAAUGGCCGAGAGCUACUCUUUUUGAUUCAAUUUAUUUUAAUAGCUUAUUUCAACCCAAACAAACCUGCAAAACAAGCUUGUUUUGUCAGAACUUUAACAAAUGUUGGUAUCCACAACACACAUUUUGUCCAAAAACAUCAACAAAAAACGAUUUUGUUCAUCGGCAUCUUGUAUUUCAGUAUGCAUUUCUUUCUAGUGCGGGUGUUUCCCAACCUCCAUCACUAUUUGAGCUACUUUGACAAAAAGAAAGGGGAGGUCCCAUAACUGUUUUAUUUAUAUGACUGGCAACAUUUAAAGUGUACUUUAUUUACGACGCAGAGCCCCACUCAAACAGUGUUGUCAUUGUCUUUAUGCUAUUUUGCGGUAAUUUGUCAUUAAAAAAGGCAUAAUGUCUGAAUUGAACAGAGUUGACUUUAGUGAGCCACUCAAAAUCAGCUGGCGAGGUACUGGUUGGAGACCCCUCUUAUAAAUUGUCCAUAUUUGCGAAUUACACCGCCUCUUGUCCAAAGUCAGCCAUUGGUGUGGAGAUGAUUUUGAUCCCACAGUGGGGAAGCAAUUAGUUUGAAAAAUGACUUAUGUACUUUUAAAUGCAGCUUUAGAUAGAUAGAUACAGUACAUACUGUAGAUACGGUAGAUGGAAUCAAACAUUCUCUAUGUGUUUCUGUGCACAUGGGUGGCCACGUGUCUCUCUGUGAAUGUCUGACAAUGACAAAAUGACUUCCUGUCAUGUUUCUGUUUUUCUGUCCGGAGAAAGAAGAAGAGCCAGAUGAUUAAACAGACACUCACAACCAUUUGGCAAAACAGCAGACAAAGCUGACAACGGGCAGUGCCAGUUUAGCGACAUCCUCAGACAUCAUCUGAGGAGUGAGAACAUGAUGUUUAUUUGCGUUAAUGCUUUAUAAUAUAUGGCCUAAAUCUCAUAGAAUGUAAAUAAUUCAUGCUUAUGCCCAGACACGUGUCCAUAUGUGCACAUAUAGACCUCUAGUGGUGCUCAAGCAUUUGCCCUUUUGCCCUGCAAGAGUGACCUUUAUGCUGCAGUCAAUUUUUUAAUUCUGUGAAGAAUAAAAUGUACUCUCUCUCAUCUCACCAAUUUCCCUCAAAUAUGGUUGGACAUAUUACAGGGCAGGGCAUUUAUUUGAGUUCUUGUGAGAAUGCUCGGAGGCGCUCAGAAUUCACGUCUGUCAGAAUAAAGUGAAAAAAAAAAAAAGUACGAUAUGUACUGUGUUGUUAGUUUUGAAGAGAUUCUGUAUGUUACUCUUGAUUAUUAUGCCCAAAAUUGCUAUCUCUUUUACAGUGGUGUGAAAAAGUGUUUGGUCCCUUCCUGAUUUCUUAUUUUGUGCAUGUUUAUCACACUUAAAUGUUUCAGAUCAUCAAACAAAUUUAA